AUGAAACAGAGUAAAGAACUUGAUGGCUUUCCUGCUGUAUUUUACAAGAUAUUUCAGGAGCCUCUUGCCUGCUGCCCCUCCCCGUGCGGGGCUUGUCCUGGCCCCGCAGCCCGGCUCUGCGUUAAGGUGCAAGGCCCGCGGCGCUGCAGAGACGACCUUGGCUGUGGGCACCGCACCGUGGGAAGCGCCGGUGGCUGGGUGUUCACACAACAGCCAGCGGCGGCUCGCACGGGGGCGGUAGUCAAGCCACAUACACCCUUAAUCAAGUUCCCAGACAGAAGUAAUUGUCCAAAACCUAAAAAGCAGGAAUCUCUACAAUCAAGGGUGCCACCGCUCCAUGCUUCAGCAGCACAGAUGUCUAUCGGGGACAGAUCACCAGCCCUUCAAAACAUUUCAUCCAUUAGUAGAGUACAAGGCACACCAGACACAAUAGAAUUAGUAAGAACAUUACCUCAAAAGUACAGGAGAAAGCUGAUGUCAAAUGAGGAGAUGGAAUAUAUUCAACGUGGAGGUCCAGAAUAAUUACAGAAGACACUUAUACACCACCAUUGAAUGAAUUAUUAUGUUCACAUUAAAGGCCUUCCUCACUCUAUGAAUGUUAUAAACAGUUUGUUAAUAGCUUUAAUAAAGACCCGGUUUAAUGGGGUGAGAAAGUUGACACGUUAGACACUUGUCUUCUAAUUUAUGUUUCUGGACUAACUUUUUUUAUUAAAGACUAAUUAAGGUAA